AUGUCGUCCUCGAAACAAAUCGCCGAGUUCCCAAACGUCGAGGCCAAGCUGCAGAAGCCGACGAAGCAGUCUGCCUACGAGCGCCAGAAGGCCGAGGCCGAAGCAAAGCGCCAGAGAGAAGCCGCCGAGACCGCGGCUGUCUACGAGGAUUUCGUGAAAAGUUUCGACCAUGAUGAAGAUGACGGAGAUGGUGGCUUAUACGGCGGUCGCUCACAGCAGAGAUUAUACAAUGAUGAGCCUGCGCAGAGGCUUGGUGCCUUCGGUGGACAGCCUGGCGGGGGGUCUGGAAGGAGACAUUUCGGAAUAUCCUCAGGAUCUUCGGGUUUGAAGAGUGGACCGGGAAGUUUGGGACCGCCGCCAUCAAGUUUCAACAAGAAGAGAACAUUCGACGGGUUCCAGUCAGGAAUAAGAAGGGAUCGGGAAGAUGUGGGAGGUCGACUUGGAUACGAUGACCACGACUCGAGCUCUCUCUCCGUGUCUAAGGCGUUCAACGCAAGCGAUGACGAAGACGAGCAAACGGCAGUCGGCAGGGCAGAGGAAAAAGCUAUAGCCAAGCCAACCUUGCGGCUCUCAAAUCUACCGCCUGGAACAUCGCCAGCCGUCGUCAAGUCUUUGAUCCCCUCGAAUUUGACGGUUGAAGGCGUAAAGGUUCUUCCGCCUGCAGUCCUAGUCGGAAACGAGCGCAAGUCCAUUGCAGCAAUUGUCACACUAUCCAAGGAGACUGCUGCUACAGAGAUUGACGCUGCUGUCAGUGCACUACAAAAUAGGUACCUCGGCUUUGGUUUCUAUCUGUCACUGCAUAGACACCUGUCUUCUGCUGCUAUCUCUUCCAGCAACCUUACAAGUCUUACUUCCUCUACAGCGACCUCGCAGCCAUUUGGUGCGAAGCCUGUGGCUCAAGCUCCUGGUGGGCCUGGGGGUCCCGGCGGCCCGGGUAACUUUGGACCAGGACGAUUCGCUCCCCCAACAUCAUAUGGGCCAGGUCCUGGAGGCCCGAUGAACCGGAGCACCCUAUUGCAUGUCCCUAUUCAGCCUCCUAGAGAUAUCAAACAGUUACGAAUGAUUCACAAAGUCAUUGAAUCAAUACUUGAGCAUGGUCCUGAGUUUGAGGCUCUCCUGAUGUCUCGGCCAGAUGUUCAGCGCCAGGAGAAGUGGGCUUGGAUCUGGGACGCAAGAAGCCAAGGUGGCAUUUGGUAUCGCUAUCGAUUAUGGGAGAUCAUCACCGGAUUGCAAACGAAGCGCAGCCAAGCCAAAUACCUUCCCCUCUUCGAAGGAAGCCAUGCUUGGAAAGUCCCGGAGCAACCACUACCGUACGAGUAUGCAACUGGCGUCCAUGAGUUUGUCUCCGACUCAGAAUACAAUUCAUCGGACGAUGAUGAGUACGAUGAUGAACCCAAUAAGCAUGGAGAGCCUGUCCCCGGCGCCAAGGAACCUGAAGAGAUGUUCCUGAAUCCAAUCGAAAAGGCCAAAAUCGUGCACUUAUUGGCCCGUCUACCAACUACCCUUGCGAAGAUCCGCAAGGGGGAUAUCGCGAGGAUCACUACAUUUGCCAUCACUCAUGCCAGCCGCGGCGCUGAUGAAAUUGUGGACACAAUCGUUUCAAACAUCGAGCGUCCACUUGCCUACACCUCGGCAAACCCUGAUUACAAAGGAGACAAAGAGGACCAGGAGGACGAGUCACCAGCGCCAGAAGACAAACCCACGAGUGACGCUGUUGAUAAUAGUGCUGCCACACUCUUGGGCCUUUAUGUUGUGAGCGAUAUUCUGUCAUCCUCCUCUACCAGUGGAAUUCGGCACGCAUGGCGUUACCGGCAGCUGUUCGAAAGUGCUCUGCGAAACCGUAAGGUCUUUGAGAACUUGGGCUUGAUGGCUGAGAAGAUGAACUGGGGUCGCCUCCGUGCUGAAAAGUGGAAGCGCAGUGUCGGCCUGAUACUAAGUCUCUGGGAGGGCUGGUGUGUCUUCCCUAAUGAUACGCAGGAAGCCUUCGUCAACAGCUUUGAGCACCCGCCGUCUCAGAAGAAGGAAGAAGUGGCUGAAGACGAGCCCAAAAAGGGUGGCGGCAGAUGGAAGACUGUCGAUGCAGCACCAGCAUUGCCCAUUAAAGAUUCCGGCUUCCGUCCGGUUGCUGCUGACGCGUCUGGUACACCGGAACUGGAGGACAAUGAAGAUUACGAGGAGUACCUAGACGAUGAAGACGAGGACGAUGAGCUUCUAGAUCAGUUUGAUAUUGACGGGGAGUCUCUGCUGGAAAUUGAUAUUGUGGGUCUGUCGGUAGGAGAAGAUACUGAGAUGGGCGGAACAGAGGGAGAUACAAAAGCCAUAGUAGUGAAAGCGGCGGGCGGGUUGCAGGUGGGCUCGUCGUCGACCGCACCGUCUCGGAAGCGGCUACGUGCUGCGGACAUGUUUGCGGACUCAGACUCGGGAGGAGACUAG